AUGUCGGAGGUCCCCAAAUUUCGCAUUGCUGUCAUAGGAUCCGGACCUAUUGGAAAACUUCUGUUGAGCUCCGUAACUGCUCAUCCUAGAAUUGAGUAUACACAGUUUGAGGCCGAAACAUUACCUCUGCGUCCCGCCUUUGGCUAUGGUAUUGGCCCCCAAACGCUUGCGACGACGAAGAGGCUCAACCAAGCAAUUGGAAAGGAACUGCAUGACCAAUGUUUAGCAGAUCCUGUGUGGAUGGAAUUCUACCACGGCGGGGAGGAAGACAACCAUUUGCAUACCAUCAACGUUCCUUCGGGAGAAGUCUUUGGGAGGAUCGGGCGGGAUGAGCUUAUGGUGCUGCUUGACGCUUUUGGCCCGAAGGAUACAAUCCAGUACGGAAGAAAGCUCAAGUCAGUGGAGAAAAACAAUGACAAACUCAAGCUGAUGUUUGAAAAUGGUGGUGAAGAUGACGCAAAUGCCUUGUGGGCAUGUGAUGGCCAUGUGACAUUCAGAGGAAAAGUCGAUAGUAGCAAGAUUGAGAUGGCCAUUGGGAAACAAUUUACAACCGAUACUUCUAUGUUUCUUGGCGUCAAGGGUUGGCACGUCUUGACCUUCCCCAUCGACGGUGGCAAGUCCGUUAAUAUUGCUGCAUUCUCAAUGGAAGAAGUGCAGAAGAAGCGUGGAAGAAACUACGUAACAACUACAGAGGAGCUACUGACUUAUUUUCCCGGGGCAAAUUCUAAGGUUCAAAAGUUUUUAACGCUGCUCAACGAACAACCAGGUGGUUGUGUAUGUCUUGAAUUGGCCCAUGUGCAUAAAUUGGGUCCUUUCUUUAAUAAAAACCUCUGCACAAGUUUCGGCGAUGCCGCUAAUGGAAUGCUACCUCAUAUCGGCGGCUCAAUGGCAACUGGCUUCAUAGGCGUUACUACCUUUUUGCAUGAGGAAUUGAAUCCCCGAAUCCAUGCUCUCAGCGCAGAUGCAAGCAAUGUCGAGAUUGCCGAAGUGCUCAUGGAGGCAUCUGUUGCAUAUGAACGUAAGCAUAAGCCUUUGGCUCAAAAGCUUGUGGACUAUUCGAGAGAGCAGGGGUUUGUUUUUAGUGGUGGUGUGGUGGACGCGGUAGAACUGGCUCGAAGAGCAAGAUUUCUAUGGAAGGCGGAUUCUUACAACUCUACCAUUUAG